AUGGUUGCAUCAUUCUCUUACACUGCCUGCACCAAGCUUUCUCUGUUACACCCUCCCAUGGCUGCUCAAAUCCGACCAAUUAGAACAAUACAAAAGGCGUUCGUGGUGAAAAAUUCUGAACAAGAGAGUAUACUAGAGGAACAGGAAACAGAGACAAUCAAAGAAGAGAAAUCAACAGAGAAGAAGAUGGAGAAGCAGCCAACGCCAUUGAGACCAGUGGAGAAACAGUCGAAUGUGAAAAGCACGGGCUUGCCCAGAGAGUUUGGUGGUGAGUGGCUGAGCAGUGUGACACGUCACGUCAGGAUAUACGCUGCUUAUAUCGAUCCAGAGACUUGUGAGUUUGACCAGACGCAGCUGGAUAAACUCACUUUGAUUCUUGAUCCCACUGAAGAGUUUGUGUGGGAUGAUCAAAGCUGCAACAAGGUCUAUUCUUAUUUCCAAGAACUUGUUGAUCACUACGAGGGAGCACCAUUAACAGAGUAUACACUGAGAUUGAUAGGAUCGGACGUAGAACAUUACAUAAGGAAGAUGUUGUUUGAUGGAGAGAUACAAUACAAUAUGGAUGCAAGAGUUCUUAAUUUCAGUAUGGGCAAGCCUCGUGUUCAAUUCAACACCAGCAACAUUGAUGGUGGUGGAGAUGGUCAGCCUCAAGAGUAG